CCGUCAAAAACAAGUCGAUGUCGUUUUGAAGACCGUGUUUUUGGUUAAUAUUUUAUUAAAACUUCACUACCAAGUCAUGAUAUUGAGGCUGAAUUCGCAUUUUUCUCAUCAUCACCACACGUAGAUUUCACGAAAUACACAAGCAUGGAAGUAACCAGUGGUGCUGAGGAGGGUUUCGUCCGCGAAUGGACACCCUGUUCUCAUAUAUUGAACUUGAUUCCUCCCCGGAUUCAGACUGGUUUGUUUUCUAAUGAACUGUGCUUGACAUGCGUGGACGCUGUGAGCGAGUAUAUAGCCCUUGGAACGAACGUAGGGCUUGUGUACUGGUACGAUAGGAAAAAAGGGAACAUACAACGGCUGCGAUGCGAAGCGUCAACCUCCCCAAUAACGUUUGUGAAAAUAGUAAGCACAGUGGAUUACAUGGUGGGUGCAGGGAAUGCUGCAGGACAAGUCACCGUGUUCCAGGUCCCCAAGGAGCAUCCAGAGAAUGUACCAGACACAUUCAAACCAAAGGUUGAACCUAAAGUGGAAAGAUACACAAUUGGAGACUUGCACAAGAGUAAGAUAACAGCGAUAGAGUGGUCCAAGAAUGGCAUGCGACUUUUCUCCGGUGACAAGAAUGGCGUCAUUAUUAUGACAGAAAUCGACUUUUAUAUGCACCUAUGCAAGUCCAUGGAAAUAGUAAAUGAGGAGCACGAGAUCGUGCAGAUGAGCUACUACCAGAACACGCUGCUGGUGUCUAGCGUGUACCGCAGCAUUGUCUGCGAGCGGCGGGAUAGCCGCUGGCAUGUAACGCAGUUGGGCAAAAAGGAGCGGAAGAGUUUGUGCGCACUGGGCGCCGUGUUCCAGUACUCGUACGCGCGCGGUGGCGCGGCGGCCGCGUACUGCGCGCGGCCUGGCCUUCGGCUCUGGCGCGCGGACGUCGCCGGCCACGUACACCAGACCUUACUGUUCAAGGAAGCAAUAUCAAACCCGCUGACAGUAGCGGAGCUGCUGAACCCCUCUCAGAAGAAGCAUUCUCACGCCGAGCGGGAGUACAACUUCGGGCCGCUGUACGUGUUCCGGGAGAAUUUCCUAGUGUCGCACAACGAGCACAUUCUGUACAUCCUGGACCCGAGGUCGCUCACCGCGGUGGCAGUUGUCGAUGAUCUAAGAAGGAUCCUAUCAGUGUCGGUGAACAAGGAGGAGAUGUUCAUACUAGAGGGCGCUCGAUCGCUCGUCCGCCUCGCGCAUGCUCCCGAGCCAGCCGCGCUCGCCGCAGAUCAGCAAGCGAACCUGAUGACGAAAUCCUUAACAACGUCUUUACAACAAGCUGUCAAUACAGUGCGCGACCUCACACACAUAGAUCAAACCGUGCCAUACAUAACAAGCGUUCUAGAACAACCCAUAUCGAUUUUCACAAGAAACGAGACUUUAGAUACGGGAACUAUACCCAACGGCGAGGAAUGUUUCGAACUACCCCCGAUAAAACACCUACCGCUCGAUAUAUCAGAUAACGUUCUGGAAUCUAUUAUAAACGAGUUCAAGGACGUGUCGAGUGAGGUUGAGGAGAUUCGGCGCGUGAAGUCCGAGGAGCUGCAGAAGAAACUGAAGAUGUACAAUAGCAUUAUGGAGAAGAAGUGUGAUGAGGAAUUGAUUCACAGCCGCAGAAGUAGGAGGAAGGAGAACGGUUCAGGGGGAAAUACCCCCAGGAUGUUGACGCCGGUCCGUAAGCCAGACAGCUUUAGCUAUACGAGCCCGUGUGUUAUGAACAUAAGUGUAUGUGGAAACAUGCCACAAAACGACGACCUUCUAGAAAAGCAGAUUGAAGAAAAAGAAAAGAUAUUAGCGAAAAUGCUUAACCUAGAAUCUCUGAGCAUCAAAAGCCCCGUAGAAAAAGAACCGAUAAAAGAUAUACCAGAUAAAACGUACAAACAAGGAACGGAAAAUGUUGUAACGAAUACGCAAAUGGAAAAAUCGGUUAGAGAAGUACCGCUGGAUAAAUCGGUCAGGGAUACACCAAUAAAGCAAAAAUUGAUUAAAAAAAUAACAAAACAGAUUGAAAAAAAAGUUGAUAAUGACAAACCAGUACUAAAGAACAUCGAAACAGUUGAUUUAGUUCCUAAAGUGGUCAAACUACCCAAUAAUUGGAAUUUAGAGAACAUUGAAAUAAAAUUGGAUAUGAAAAAUGGUCUAAAGGACGUUUCUAAUCUCAUUUCCUCGCCUGACGAACUGACGGAAAGCGAAUGGGAAAUAAUUUAGAGUCUAUUCGCAUAGAAAUUUCCAAUAACACUGUAGCAGCGACUCGAAGAUUAAUUUUGAGCCCAUUGCACACGACGAAUUUAUCACGCGUUCAAAACGCUCUGUAAAUUCGUUCGCAAUCGGGAUUGCAAAUUUAUAAUUACUUCUGCAUUCGUAGUAGAAUUGCUGUUUUUUCUAACGUGUUUUGUAUUAUUAGCUAUCGACAUUGAACAAAGUUUUAAAUUUUUUACAGCAAACCUGGAUAUGAUAAACGGGAAUAUUUUUAAGAAGGAUCUCAGUGCAGCUACUUUUAUACUAAAGAAAAAAAACAUCACAUUUUGUCAAAACUCAUUUUGUGUGUCAAUGCCAUAGACUACAGAAGAUUUUUUUUUUAAGUCACGAAGCGGAGCUAGAAUAUUUUUAAUCAAUGUUCAAUUAGGUUGGGAUGGGUUUUGCCUUUGCUUGCGCCUUUGCUUGCCCAAAUUAUGAAUCUCGAUAGGCUCGAAUUACAGAGUUUUAAUUGGUAUAAAUGGUUGGGAAUCUCUAUACGAACACGUCGCAUACAUCUCUAUACUUACGAAUGUACAAUAUACAAGGAGCACAGCUAUA